AAAUGCAUCCAAAUCAUUAUUUCUUAAAUGUUUACCAAUCAAAUAUGUAUUAAAAUAUUACAACUAGUUACAUCCUAGCAUAUUUAUUUAUCUAGUAUGUAAAUCAUCCACUUUUAAAAUAUAUUCAUAUCAAACUUACAAAAUAUCAUGGUUCCAAACAUAGAAGAGCUAGUUUGCUUUUCUAUGAGUUCCACUGAUAUAUAGAGAGUGUGUUUUCCUUCUUCUUUUUCACUACUAGAGACUGAAAAUCCAAAUGUCUAUGUACAAUGUGUACUGAGUACGUAUACAUUUAUUUAUAGACUGAAUCCAAAUGUCUACGUAUAAUGUAUAUUGAAUGCGUAUACAUAUAUAGACUGAAAAUUCCAAAAUGGCUACGUAUAAUGUGUAUUGAAUACGUAUAAACACAUUUUAGGUAUAGCCUACAAAGGAAAAUCAACCUCCAAAUUUGGAUGUAUAUAAUAACAACUCACACUGACCUAUUCUUCUCAAACAAAACCUCUUUUCUACCCUCACACUUAGCCAAGAAACCCAAAUCUCUUUCCCUUCUCUUUCAUUACACUUAAUCUCUUGUAUUAAAAGGAAAAAAAAACAUAUUGAUGGAUCACUCAUCUUCUUCGGAAUCACAUCCUGACGACUGCCCGAGGAUUUUUCAGGACCUUCCGGCGCAGGCGACAGCGGAGAGAACAGUGAAUAGUAAUAACCCUAAGAAGAAAAGAGUCAAGAAAGACAAUGAUGAAAAGGCUGUUUCAAAGCCUCCAACUUUUAGAGGAGUGAGAAUGCGACAAUGGGGUAAGUGGGUCUCCGAGAUAAGAGAGCCAAGAAAGAAAUCAAGAAUCUGGCUCGGUACGUUCUCCACGGCGGAGAAGGCGGCGCGUGCUCACGACGUGGCCGCUUUAGCUAUAAAAGGCCGCUCAGCACACCUCAACUUCCCGGAGCUAGCUUACCACUUCCCUAGACCGGCUAGCGCCAACCCUAAAGACAUCCAAGCGGCCGCCGCCGCUGCUGCUGCCGUCGCCGUUGAUAUAGAGGUAGAGACGUCGCUGCCGUCUCCGGCUAUGACCGCAAUAGCCGAUGACGCGUUCUCUGAUCUACCUGAUCUCUUGCUCGACGUGAACCACAAACUCGACGGCUUUUGGGACAGCUUACCUUACGAAGAACCUUUCUUCACGGGAAGUUACUAGAAAACAAAGAUGCUGUCGUCUUGUACGUAUUGUAUUUUUCUCAUGUGAAAACUUUUUGACGUUAAAAAAAUUCACCGGUUGAUCCAAAUUGUAUAAUUAAUGAACGGUUUAUGCUUGACUUGUUUUGUUCUCUUUUUUUCUAAAAUUUAUAAGUGGGAAAAUGUGUGACAAUGUAAAAAGGUUAUGUGUUUUUGUGGAAAUGUAGGCGUCAGUGAGUCAGUGACAACUGACAAAGUCCCCAUACUCCCAUGUUUGUAUUCUAGCCCUGUUUUCUCCCUAAAGUUUUUUAGAUUUA